UUAUUCGUAGGCUGUUUGAGGAAUGAUUUAAAACUCGUCUUCCUUAUUCCGAUGUUCCUUGUUUUGCUAUCUAUGGUCCCCAACGAACUGUCACUCAGUUUAUCUGUCAGAUGAGUCAAUUUGGAAUUUGUUGACGAAAGUCGAAAGCAGAGUGAACGUAACUAUUAAUUGGACAAUGUUUAUUCAGUUUCUACUUUAAAAUUUACAUGUAAUAACUAGCGACUCAACCCCAUGGUUUGAAAUAUAGGAGUCCGUCUUUGGAGUGACCUAAUUUGUAACAAUCAGCAGUGCAGUGUAACUUUCGAAAAUGUCCUUCCUUCGGGGCUCUGAGAACUACGUUUGGUGCACGACUAGCGUGCUAGGUAAGGGCGCAACAGGCGCCGUGUUCCAAGGCGUCAACAAGAAUAACGGCGAGCCUGUGGCGGUGAAAACAUUUAACCAGCUCAGCCACAUGAGGCCCCAUGAUGUGCAGAUGCGCGAGUUUGAAGUGCUUAAAAAGGUGAAACAUGAGAACAUCGUGAAGUUACUCGCUAUCGAAGAGGAGCAGGAGGGCCGCGGCAAGGUCAUUGUCAUGGAGCUGUGCACGGGCGGCAGCCUCUUCAACAUUCUUGAUGACCCAGAGAACACCUAUGGUUUACAAGAACAUGAGUUCUUACUUGUCUUAGAACACUUGACAGCUGGCAUGAAACAUUUACGUGACAACAAUCUAGUGCAUAGAGAUUUGAAACCUGGAAAUAUAAUGAAGUUUAUCAAUGAAGAUGGAACGACAACAUACAAACUUACAGACUUUGGAGCAGCUAGAGAAUUGCAAGAAGAGGAACAGUUUGUUUCUCUAUAUGGUACUGAGGAAUAUUUACAUCCUGAUAUGUAUGAGCGUGCAGUGCUUAGGAAACCAGUGGGUAAGAGUUUUGGGGCCACAGUGGACUUGUGGUCUAUUGGGGUGACAUUGUACCAUGUGGCCACAGGCCAGCUGCCCUUCAGGCCAUACGGGGGCAGAAGAAACAAAGAAACCAUGUUUUAUAUUACUACUAAGAAGGCUUCAGGAGUUAUUUCAGGCACACAAACAACAGAAAAUGGUCCCAUAGAGUGGGCAAGAGAGCUCCCAUCCCACUGCCAACUUAGUGUUGGUCUCCGAAAAUUAGUAACACCAUUACUGGCAGGAUUAUUGGAAGUGGACCCUCACAGGAUAUGGACGUUUGAGCGGUUCUUCUCCGAGGUGCAGGCUGCCACCUCCACUACUGCUAUACAUGUGUUCCAUGUCAACAAGGCUUGCAGUGUUAAGGUGUUCAUGAAGCCUGAAGACCGUUUCGAGCAGCUCCAAACCGCCCUCCUCGAGCAAUGCGGCGUCGUCGCCGAGUCCCAAGUCCUGCUCUACGCCGACCGCCUGUUACUGAGCGAAGUAGACGACAACACCCCCGGACGGAGUUAUCCCGCCACCACCGCUACCGAGCCACUGUUGUUGUUUAAUAAGAGCUCGACGAGUGUGAGCUUAGCGCCGGAGCCUGAUGCUCCAAAGUUUCCCGUGUUCCCGAAUAUUGUUUCAGUUGAAAAUGACGCUAGUCAGGCUAAGACGGCGUGCAGCGUAGGCCACGUGAUCAAGCGGCGAGUGGAAGCCCUGGCCGCAGCGUCGCAGCUGUGCGGCGCCGCCGUGGCGCGCUGGGGAGCCCUGCUCGGCGCCCGCCUGGCCGCCGCGGCGCAGCGCACCGACGCGCUGGCGGCCCACGCUCAGAGGCUGCACGACGCGGCGAGGGCGCUCGAUCUGCUGACACAGGGCGCUCGAUCUUCGGAGCCGGAAUGGUCGUCCAUGGCGGGCCUGGUCGCGCGCGAGGCGGGCGCGCUGCGCGCCGCCGCCGCCGCCCUCGCCACCCGCCACGGCGGCGCCGGCGCGCCCGGCCUGCGCGCCGAGUGGGCCGCCGCCGCGCGCCAGGCGCCCUGCGUGCACGACCAGAGGCUGCACACCCGGGCCAGGACCCUCGUCGAGCGAUUGCGUGAAUCCUGGCAGCACCUAGUCCGCGACCGAGCCACGCGCGCGCUCACAUACAACGACGAGCAGUUCCACGUGCUGGAGCGGAUCACAGUGGCCGAGGCGGGGCGCCGCGUCCGCGCCUUGCUGCAGAGAGCGGCGCCCAUGGCGCGCGCCCGCGCCGACGCGCUGCACGACUGGUACCAGGUGGCGCAGACAGUGUGGCUCCAGACGUGCAUACUGGACAAGGACGCGAGCGGCGCGGAGCUCAAGCUGCUGGCGCUGGCCGCCAGGCUGCAGGACGCCGAGCUGCGAGCUCGCGUGCAGUUGCAAGACCAUCUAAACAACAAAGCAGCCGAUCCUCCCGUCGACAAAGCCAAAGAGACGGCGCGCAGCCGCGGCGGCGUGGCGGCCGCCGGCGCCGGCGUGCGCGCGCUGCUCCUCGCGCACGACGACCUGGCCGCCGCCGCCGCCGGCCACGCCGCGCUCGUCGCCCGCCUCGCCGCGCUGGCCGCCGAGCUGCAGCCCUAGCGCCGCGACCAAUGUCAACUUAGUGAAUACAGUGUGCAAUACGGCAACCCGAGCGAGCCCGUUGUUCAACACGGUAAUGGCAAACGUCACGGCCCGGGAAACGGUGAAUGUGCUUGCGAAAAUAGUGCGGAGUGUAAUGGAAACUAUGAAGAUAAACUUGUUUGUGAACAGUGCAGUGAAAGUGAUAGUAAAAAACUAGAAGCUUAUAAACUUCAGGACCGAUCUGAAUUUGCAAUAGAGUGUAAUGGAAACGAUAAUUCUAAACCGUCUGAAUGCAAUGGUAACUAUGCUAGUGAAACAGACAGUGAAACGACCACAGACAGUUUGAGCGACAGUGAAACUCCGUCGGUGACAUCGGGUGUGGGGACAGUUAUUCAUGGGUCCAUGAGCUCCAGGGAUGUGACCUCGCCGGAUGAGGAAGUCAAAGAGAAGGUUCGGAAAUCGACUUGUGUUGUUACAUAGAAGUUCGAAAUUAAAAUACUAUUAGCACUUGCCAUUUUGUCAAUUUUAAUACAUAUUGGCAAAAAUUACAUUACGAUAAAACAGCAAAAAAUAACCUUGUUUUUUUAUGGUAUAGGAUGGAUAGGGUCAGUCUUUAAAGUACCCACUUAAAAUAAACAAAAAUAAACCAACUUGAAUGUAGAACGCUGGGUCAAAUAUUAAAAACCCUUACAGAAAGUGAUUGAUAUGCAUUUUUUUUUUAAUUAAGGGUUCUUCACAGUAAGUUGCAGCCUUGACCUACACAUGCCAACAGUAUGAAGUUUUCAGAUGAAGAAAAGCUACAAUUUUAAUAUUAUCAUAUUUGAGGCUACUUUUUAAUGAAAUUUAUAAAAAUGAAAUGUUAUUUAGGUAAUAAACUAAAGAUCUCUUGAUUCAUCCUUCCAAAUAGUUCCAAGAAGAUUAAACUUCCGUUUAUUAGUUAUUUGAACUGAGAAUAGAUCUCAAUUAUGUAUUUAUGCUAGGUAGCAAAAAAGUAUAGAGAUAUUUUAGACACUGCAAAGAGGAAUAUAUUAAGCAUAUUGUAGAAUUUACAGACCAAUACAGUUUAAGGCCAGUGUACAA